UCUCAAAAAAAUUUUGAGUUACUUCAUUUUCCAUAUUUUGUAAUUUCAAUUGAAAUUUAAUUUCAUCGAAGAAAUAGACAACCCAAAAAUGCAUCAGACAAUUCGGCUUUCUGCAGCUCAGCUUCUACCAAGAUGAAAACUUUCCCAUUUUUGCUCUGUUAAUUCGACUGUAUCGAUCCGCCCCACAACGUAUAAAUCCCCAUGUUUGUUCAUCCCUCGAGCUUUAAUCUCAUUUUACUAUCUCUAUUCAUUCUUCAGUUUCCUCCACCAGCUACGGCCAUCAGGAAGGAUGUGAGCCUUCAGCUGAAACGGCAUUGUAAAACCACGGUGCAAGGAAGAUACUACCUCACUGAUGAUAAUGGUUAUGUAUGUGAUGCAUUCUCGGUUGACCCAAGGUCCCGUUGUUGUCCAGGAAGAGGAGAUCAGUUCUCUUGUCAGGGAUGUAAUAUUGUUUCUCAGUGUUGCAAGUCAUACGAGUUCUGUGUAUCCUGCUGCUUGAAUCCGGGAACGACUGAUAAGGAACUGGCUGCAAACAUCCAAAUAGCGAAGCCUGUGACUGCUGGAACCUAUGGAAGUAUUUUUGAUUAUUGUGCUGGGAGGUGUCGCCAUAAUUCUGAGAGCGUGGUUCACGAAAACGCAUAUCUGAGUGAAUUUCAUCAUUGUUUUUCCAUACCAACUAAUUCUUCAGAAUCUUCUAGCACACAGCUCGAAACAAGACUGGCCGGCAUCAAUGUCGUUGUCGGAAGACAAGGAGAAUCUUGCGACUCCGUCUGCAAAUCUAAUGGAGAAUCUUGUGUGCCCAACAAGCUCGCUCUACUUAAUCAGUGUGAAGGCAUUAAGAAAUACAUGAGCUGCAAAGGUGGCUGUUUGUCGAGUGUCGGAGCUGACCAACCGGCUGAAGUAGUUGAUGAUGCUCCGGCGUAUCUGAACCCCGGUGCGUGCUUGUACACGGAAAGACAAUCGACACUUUCCUGCGACGGCUCUCACAGUCACACGAGGAGGCUUUGCCCUUGCGCGUAAGUUAAGCUAUUCUUGGUUAAGACAAUCAUCAAAAUAGAUGAAAAUCUCAACAAAUUAUAAAUUGUUGUACAUUAAUUGUUUUCUCUCAUACUUUUUAACAGGAACAAAUCCCUUAGAUAUUAUUAAGUUUUUUCGUUUGUGUAAUAGUCAAUGUAAUGAUAGUUCCCAACCCUUUGAAGGAGUUGUAUGAUAUAAGUCCAAAAUUUUGAUGAAUACCAUUAUCACCACUUUUCAAGAUUUA